AUGGAAGCACACAAGAGCCCGGUGUCGGCGGUGGGGGGAAGAGGCAAGCUGCCCAACCCAGUGAUCGUGGAAGAGGGGCGAAGCACUACUGCAGCAGCACACAUGGCCGGACAAGGCGAGGAAGCCGUGAAAGAUAUCAUAUGUGGCUCAGCAGCCGGAGUUGUUGGAAAGUACAUCGAGUACCCGUUCGAUACGGUCAAGGUUCGCCUACAGUCGCAACCCGACAGCCUACCCUUACGAUACGCCGGUCCGUUAGAUUGCUUCAAGAAGUCACUCCAGCGAGAUGGUUUCAUCGGGAUAUAUAGAGGAAUAAGUGCGCCUCUAGUGGGCGCUGCGGUUGAGACGAGCACCUUGUUCUUCAGUUACCGCCUAGCUUGUGAUGCUUUGAAGGCAUCAGGUGUCUAUCCUGAAUUGAAGCGACACCCCGAAAGAGAUCUCCCAUAUUCAGGCAUGCUGUAUUGCGGAAUGGUAGCUGGAGCCAUAACAUCCCUCUUCCUCACACCAAUUGAACUUGUCAAAUGCAAAGUGCAAGUCCCUAUAGAGACCCCGAAUGGCGUCCUUCCAGCACCAGGCAUUCUAGGCACUAUUGCGUCAAUUUACCGUCACCAAGGCAUCUUGGGCUACUGGCAUGGGCAAUUUGGCACUUUUAUUCGCGAAACUGGGGGCGGUGCAGCAUGGUUUGGCGGAUAUGAAGGCAUGAAAAUGCUCUUUAAAGAUUUGAACAAGUCAAGUACUGAUGAGGGACUACCUGUCUGGCAGCGCAUGGUGUCGGGUGCCGUUGCUGGUGCAGCCUACAACUUCAUGUUUUACCCCGCGGAUACCAUCAAGUCUAGGAUGCAGACAGAAGACAUCAGGCAAUUAACAGGCGGCAAGUCAACCUUCGGUGCGGUAGGAAAAGCGCUUUGGAAGCAACACGGGAUCAAGGGCAUGUAUCGUGGAUGCGGCAUCACGGUCGGCAGGGCGAUACCCAGUUCAGCGUUCAUCUUCACGGUGUUUGAAGAGCUGAAGAAGCACUGGCCUGAUCGGGGGGCGGAUACAUACGGAAAAGCACAGCAUGGAACAGCGGCACAGAGAUACCAGGUAGCUGCGCUUGAGAAGAUCGUCCUAGACCCCAAAUACCAUGACAUUCUUACGCUGGUGAAAGGUGUGAGGAAUGGCAUCGUGUAUGGGAGUAAAGUGCGCUUUCCGCAUGCGCUUGUUUUGCGCUCAAAAUCUAUCCUAGUCUAUAAAGCCACACGCCAACACGCGCGAAACCUAGGCCUCUUCGCCCUCGUCUACAAAUCCGCCAUGCUCUUCCUCAAACAUACUUCCCCCACGGGCAAAGAAAGACACUACGAUGCAUUCCUUGCCGGCCUACUCGGUGGCUACACAGUCUUCGGCCGCACAAUCCACAACUCCGUAUCUCAGCAAAUUGUCAUCUACGUAGCCGCACGGGUAUGCUUAGCAUUAGCGAAGCUCGCUGUGCAAACUAGACAUCCAAGCGGUGCGGCAGUAGACAGGGGGGCUAUAGGACAUGGGCAUGGGCAUAUGAAAGCUGGGGGAGGGGGGUGGGAGUUAGUGGGUAACGGGGAGAUGAGGAGGGCGAUGGUAAGGAAUGGGUGGCCAGUCUUCGCGAGUUUGAGUUGGGCGAUGGUAAUGUAUAUCUUUCGGUGGCAUCCUGAGAGUGUUCAGAGCAGUUUGAGGAGUAGUAUGAGCUAUAUUUACGUACAGUCGGACCAUUGGGAUUCGCUACGGACGCUACUUUGGCAUAACAAAUAA